UUUGUUUUUGUUUUCGUUUAGAGAAUGAAUAACCCGGUUUUGGUGUGAAUGCGGCGUAGUAAAGUAACAGGAUUCGUAGUGUAUUAAAUAUUUUUGGUGGUGUAAAAUGGGAUCCAGCAAAAUGCCAUUUUCAAAAGAAAUGCGUUUGGCGACGCGAGACAUCCAUAGUGUCAGCGAUGCGUUGGUUAAUGCGAAAUUGGCGUUUGCUCUUUAUGACAAUCGGGUAUGGGCAGAGGGUCUACUAAUAUUUUACGAAAUAUUUAAAUAUCUCGAGCUGCAUGUUGCACACGACUUUCUACCGGAAGAAUUUCACCGAACGCAGCAAUUCGAGCAGGACCUUAGGACUUAUCUGGGCGACGAUUGGCGCGUCGAUUACCAUCCGCGAAAGGAGGUUCUCGAUUAUAUCAAGCAUUUAGAGGAAGUGGAACGUCAAAACCCCAACCUUCUCGUGGCGUACGUCUAUCAUCUCUAUAUGGGAUUGCUUUCAGGUGGACAAAUUCUUCAGAAAAGAAAAAAUAUGUCAAAGAAGUUCAACCCUUUCGCCAGUAAAGCGACCAGCUCUGCGGGAGCGGCCAUCACCACGUUCGAGGACGGAAGUAUUUACGAGUUGAAGCAAAAAAUGCGAAAAAUCGUCGAUGAUUUCGGAGAUACAUUGGAUGAAGACACGCGAAAGCAGCUGGUAGAUGAAAGUAGAAAGGUGUUUGAACUGAAUAACUGCGUCAUUCGCACGGUCAGCGGCGUAAAUCGAGCCAACGGUAAAAUAGCGAUGUACGUCGGUAUAGUUGUGAUCGGUUAUUUUAUUGCCAAAUUGGUUCUCAGAUAAAGCAUUGUCAUAGGUACGUUUGAAACGUAAUACAUAGAUUAGGAUAACGAUGAAAUCAUGUUUAAAUACCUAACGAACUUGCCCGACAAAGAAACGGCAUGAGUACGAGCAUUAUCACUAUUUGUACGUAGUGAAGUUCAGUUCUAAUAUUCCCAAAUAAACUCCGUUAGUGGUUGUAGGGUUGUGAUUUAAACCUUAAAGAUGCAA